CUACCCUGACACACAGGAAACCACACUCAUAUGAAUAAUUGAUCCUGAGAGGGGGAGGAAUGCUUCUGCCUGCGCUGGGACAGGAGCCUCUUCACUCCUUAUCCUUCUUUCACCUCCUCCAAUCCAGACACAGAUAUGGUUAGUGGGCAGCAGACCUGACACUCAGCUGUGAUCCCAGGGGGGUCCAAUGGCCACUGCAAACUAUGACCCCCACCUGGGCGCAGGCCCAUCCGAGGACUCGGAGAUCCUCCUGGAUGAUUCUGACUCGGGGAGCGUGCUUUCUGAUGAUUCUGUGCUCCCCGAAUACGAAGGGGAUGAAAAGAACACGGAGCCAGCUAAAACACUGUAUGAGGCCUGCGCUAAGAAUGACCCAACAUCCCUGCGCAGGAUCCUGGAGAGAGGAGUCACGAAAGAAGAGGCCAUGGAGCUGGACAUCAAUGGCAGGAAUGGGCUGAUGCUGGCUGUGGCCAAGGGUUUCAUAGACAUCGUCACCCUGCUCCACACGUGUCCAUUAAUAGAUAUCAACCACCAAGACAACGAUGGAAACACUGCCCUCAUGAUUGCUGCCCAGGCAGGCUUCGUCAGCAUUCUAAACUAUAUCAUUAACUUCUACUCUGGUGUGGACACUGAGAUCAGGGAUCCGCGGGGCUUCACGGCCCUCCUCAAGGCAGGCCUGCAGGGCCGAGAAGAGUGUGUUUCCGCCCUGAUAAUGCAUGGCGCUGAUACAAAUGCAACGGACAUGGUCCAAGGCAGAGGUCUUAAGGACUGGAUCAUUAGGACAGGAGGGUUUGAGACUAUCAAAAGAAUACGCCGCCUGGAGGCUCAUCCUGUUGCUGAGCAGUUCUGUUUAAGCUACAUCCCAGAGUGGCCAGAGCUGAAGCAACUGGUAGCUAAGUCCACAGCCAGCAAAACAGCCAGUCAGAAGCUGAGGCAGCGCUUAAAAGACAGCCUUUCUUUCAGCUUCCCUCAGGACCCCCAAGACGAUGGAGUCUUGGACCAUAUGGUACGGAUGACCACAGGCAUCCAAAGCCCCCUAAUAGCCACCGCUUGCCAUCCACUCUGUCCCAACAGCCCACCAGAGAUGGGUAAGCGACGGUUUGCCAUCCCUGAACUGCUUGAAAAGCAUAGCAGCAAGGAGCUGGAAGAGAGCACAGUAUCCCACAGUAAGGGCUCUGUCAUAUCAGCUUCUCCAUCCACUGUGUCAGCCCCCUCUGUAUCUCUGACCUCCUGCUGCCAGGAGUCAGAGCGCAGGGAGAGCAUGCCAGGCGGCGUGAGGAGUUUCAUUCCCCGCGGCAUGGCACAUAGAAACAGCAUCUUCCCCUCAGGCUGUAUUCCUAAGAUUGAAGUGACAAAAUCUGGUGAGCCCACUCCAAAGAAAGAGAAAAAGAAGAAAAGGCAGAGGGGCUACCUGGAGCCUCCUGUGUGGAAGUACAAGGAGGCCAAGGAGGAGAAAAAGAGGGAGAAGAAGCUGCAGCAGGAAAAGGAAAAAGAGCUGCAGGAAAAACGUAAACGGUCAUCAAGCCAAAAAUGAAGCAUCAUUCUCAUCUCCUCAGAGAACUUCACUGUGAUAGGGUCACGCAUGAGGGUACAGCAUGCGAUUACAGUGGCUCUGAGGCCAGUUUUCAUAGAAGAAAGAGGAUUCUCAAAUCAAGUUAGCGUAUGAAAAAUGGACCGUUAAAAUGAUUUGAACUUUGGCCUGUGAUGAACCUGAGAAAACUGGAGUGACUUCACUAGAUAUGACAUAUUUUUUAACAUCUUUGGAAAGCUUAAAAUCAUCUCCACCAAAUGUUUUUGGGUUUUGGAGAUAGGCAGCAACACAGCACGGAUGUUUCUUAUCGCAAUUUCUACCUGACUGAUUGGCUGGUCAACAUUUAACGGGGAUGCAAGUGUUUUUGAAGGACUUCAUUUCAUUUUGAAAAAAAACAGGCGGUAUGUAUUGUGAACAAAUCCCAUGUAGCGUGUCAUCAUGGUAUUCAACAGCAAGACAACCAAAGCAAUAGCAAAGUUUUGUCAGCACCUAACUACUGUAAGAUUCAUUAACCUUUUAUCAUUUCAUCUCUGCAAUGGAAGUAAUAGCAGCCAAUCAAAGCACCCGACUGUCACCCGACAGUAGCAGGAUUAUGUGGAUAUUAACUCUCCCUCUUGCCCCACCAUCAUUCAGACUCACUUGAGGAAAACAACAAAAUAUCUGAUUUACUUUAAAGAUGAUCAACAAGAUUGAUACAAAAGUCAAAAGUGCUGUCAUCAGUUCAGAGUUGAACCUGAGAAUACAAGCUGGGCUUAAUUUAAUUCUUCUCCUACAAAGGUUAUCUAAUCUUCACUAUAUGCAACAUGUAGCAUCUACCAGAUCUUUAUUGUGUCUUUUCGACAAGAUUUGAAAACCACAAACUGUUUUGUUGACAUGUGAAUGAUGAUAGGAGUGACAAUAUAAAAAAAAAGGAACUGAGCCAUAUCUGCUACAGUUUUUCAUGAGAAAAACUGCUCACUGGUUUAUAACUCUUCUGUUUGCUGGUGCUUAAUGCAUCAUUUCUGAGUAACCUAUGCACAGCAAAGAAGCUAUCUGGACAUAACGUCACUCAGGAAGUUUUCUGAUAUUACUAUGUUAGGCAUUAUACUUAAAGCCUUUCUCGAGACAAGAAAUCUCUUUUGUCCAACUUGCAUUGGAAUCAAAAUAUUCUUGUAGCUCAAGUUGGUUAUUACUAAAUUACUACAUAUGUUAUACAGCUAUAACAUCAAUACACAUUGU